UCGGCCGUACCUCAACCACGAUAAGCAACACCCACACAAAAGCGCGCAUGUAACGCACUUAUUAACUAAAAAUAUUCCAUUUUACUUAUUAGUGAUUGUGUUUGGUAUUAACGUGUGUUAUGCGUUCUGUGCAGUAUGGAGGAACUGCUGCAAGACAUUUUUAAAGAAGCAAACGGGCCCAAGUUGAACGCGCUAAGAAAAGCUUGCCAGGAUGCAUUAGAAGCGUUAUGCAUACAAGAAAGCAGCGGGCGCCGCGCCUCCUACGAGCUACGACGAGUAUGCCUGCUGCCUCUGCAAGUCGCGCUCGAAAGCAAGCGACCGCGCCUCGUCGCGCUCUCUCUGCAGGGCUUCCAUAAAAUACUCCGCGACGACCGGUUCCACCGCGGGAUCGAGCCAGAAGACGACUCAUUAUGGAUGCCUUCUCAGCUGUUAUGUGCUACCGCUUCAGUGAUGUACCACUUGCCGGAUACUCAGGUCCAAAUAUUCCGCAUGUACCUGUCUCUGGCUCUGUCUCCGCGACGCACGCUGAACGGGCGACUCUGCGUGUGGGCAUGCGGGCGGUGCGCCGAGGCGGCGGGCGCCGCGCCGCAUGUCGCUGCUGCCGCGAGGGCUGCGGCCGCGCAAGCCCUGAGAGCUUAUUGCGCACAGCUCGAUGAAGAGUGCCAAGAGUUGUUAUCUGACGGGUCCCCUCUGGGCCGCAACCAUAUUGUUGCUGUGGGCUGCUACAGCGAAGUAAUACCCGUUAUACAGUACCUAUGCGGCCGACUCUCUGAGACACAGUUGAUACCAAAACAAAAUCCAGUGGCUCUUUUCUUCUUGGACUGCUUGUUGACGCUGAUGUCAAGUUUGUCUGAGAGAGUUAGUGGCAACUCUCAUUUCAUGACGUUCCUCUGGCAGAAGUUCUGCCCCUCGCUUAUAUCUUUUCUUGGGACUCCGAGAGUUGACAAGAAUAUAAAAUCCAGGGAACAUGAAGGUCACCUGGUUGAUGAUUCAGGCAGGGGUUCUGGAGCCCUCGUGUGUGCUCCCAGCUUCAAUAGCAAACAAGCUAAAGCUAUUUACAGCAUAGCUAACCAGCUGAUCCGCCUAGUGGGUUCCACCUCAAACCUCCGACCGGUUCUCGAAGCCCUAUACCAUCGGAUGCUGCUCUACCCUCCCAUAUCGCACCGAGUGGAACCGCUGAGGAGUACAAGGGAACUGCUACAGAACCCGAAGAGGUUGUGCCAGCUGGUGCUGCUGAAGAAGGCUGAGAUGGAGCGACAUAGUGACGAUAUGGCGAUCAUACGAUUAAUAAUGGACGGCAUAGAAGAAUGUGGCCGCAGCGGGAACCCCGAAGUGGUCGGCGCGGCCGUAGAGUGCGUCGUGUCGCUCCUCGACGCGCUGGAGAAGCUCUGCUCCGGCACCGCCGAGCACCUGUCGCCAGAAGUCGCCGCUCUGAUCCUGAAGAGCUGGCCGAGGUUGCAAGAUGCCGAUUAUAGUGGCCCGCUCACGUAUCAGACUUUGGCGCGGUUGCCUAGUCCCUACAGGGACGUGGUCGCAGUUCUUCAGAGUAACGAAGAAAAGGACCACGAUUCCUCAGACACCUCCGGGCCUGAGAACAUGAGUUCGGGAAGUGACGCCGAAGCUGAUUCGGACGCUGAUAACGUAUUCCUACCCUCCCGAGCCAACCAUCCUAACCCCGCCGCCGACACCGAAAGCGAUUCACCCCACGAGAAGACCAAGACCAUACCAAGGACGCUAAAUCUUGGAAGAUACACCAUGACUGAAUGCAACGUAGAUCUAGAGCGCCAUAACGCAAGACAGUUCGUCAAAACCCUACAGAACUCCUUACUUCCUAAACUGUUAAAUUUGCGAACCUGUAUCGAAGUGGACGAAGCUAUGCAAGAGUUCGCUUCCAAGUGCUGCCAACAUAACGCAGCACAGCCACCGGCCACGGCUUGUAUUAUGAAUGCUGAUGGGGUUUAUCUGGCCACUUAUGCUGCUUUGCUUCUUACUUUGCGGCAGAGGCGGACUGAUUACUACAGAGAACCUAGCAAAAUUCAAGUGUCCUUGACAGAGGACGAGUUUGUCGAAGAGGUACAAGGCAGCGGAGUGCUAGUCUACCUUUCCGCAACGUGGCUUCGAGAGCUGUACCAGCAGGUCCUGAAUAACGACCUAUUGAAGGAUGUCCCUAGCUCCGACCAUCCGUUGGUACACUUAUUGUCAGACCUCGGUGGUUUGGAUCAGAACCCCGUGAUGUCAGACUGGCAAAAGUUGAAGGAAGUGUCAAUGAUGUACAACAACACUAACGAUUCGACGCAACACCAGGCCAGCUUGCGAUGGGCAAGAAGAAUUUUAACCUGCAUCUGGGACUCAAUGGUGACAGUUCUAAGCGUGCCUUUGACUGGAUAUAGGAAUAGGAAGCAGAAACUGAAUGUUAUCAUAUCGAAGAAGAUUAACACGUUCGGCAAGAGGAAGAGGAUCGCGUGGGAAGGGCUUACUAUACAAUGUCUCGAGGGGUUGCACAAGGCCGCAAGAGUGAGCAAUACAUUGGGGCUUCAAAACCGGUGCAGCAGCAUAUUGGCGCUCUUGGCAAACUCAGCAAUCUCACAGCCACCGAAUGGAAAAAUUCUCGCCACGCACGCUUUAUCGUUGGAUAUUUUAAUCACAGGUGGUCUGGAACUGGGUUCAAAGGCCCCCGAGUGCUGGGAACACAUAUUCGCAGCUUGCCAAUACGUUUCCAGCUUCGAGCACUCGCUAUUCGGACACCAGGGCAAUAACGCCACCCCAAUAGUGGCCAUGCAGACUGGCAGGAAUAAAACGGUGUCGAUAUUACAAGCUGAUGCUAAACUGGGGUUGGAUAGCCGGGAUGAUGAGACUUGUGUGGAUGUUUUUAAUUACCUGCAACCGAUGAUGGAGAACAAUCUGAAUAACGAUAUGUCUGUUGCUAAAAUAGUCGAAACUUGUCGCCAAGAGGGUGGCAACGUGAUCUCAGGCGCGGGUGCAGCUCGCGUGUGCUGCGCCUUGUCUGCUGCAGGCGACGCGCUAUUCACCCGUCUUGCUGCUACCACUACCCUGCCCACUCUUAAAGCUGCUCUGCAAAGGCUUGUAGCACAUCAUCAUAGGCUGUUAUUCUCGUGUUGGGAUCAAGACGUGGCCAACAAUAACCUGCCGUGGUGGCGGCGUGGCAAACAUUCCGGGUCAAGUAGCGGCGGUGAAGCGGCCAGAGCUUUGUGUCGUGCUGGGGACGUCGCCCUGCGAUGUCUUAGAGCCGCUAGGCCUUUGGCUCAUAGAAUGUCUAUAUGGACUGUGGUUGGACCACAUUUCAUGCAGGCGGCUUGUCACAAAGACAUCCAGAUCUCCAGCCUCGCGAUCCAGUGCCUCCAUGACUGCGCCACAGCGCUCCUCAAUCAGCAGGUGGAACUGCCUCACUUCCAUUUCAAUGAAGCAUUGCUGAAGCCCUUCGAGAAUCUUUUGUGCUUGGAGUUGUGCGAUGAUGAUAUUCAGGAGCAAAUUAUAUCUUGCAUCUGUGAAUUCGUGGAGACCAACAGAAUGGAGAUAAGAUCAGGAUGGCGACCUCUCUUCAACACGCUGCGUGCUGCUAACAACUCUAACCAGUACUCUGCCAUUCUGGAAAUUUUCAAAGUGUUCCUCAAUACAGACAACACUUUAGUCUUCGCUAAUGCUGCUUUAGACUGUAUCCUCUGCCUUCUCAGUCACAUAAAAGGUCUACACUACGAUGAAACUCAAGCCACUGAUGCCAAGCCAAAGAAAGCUACAAGCCCAACCCAGCCUAAACCGAGCUUAAGCCUCAAAUUUUCUAAGAACAGCAAAUUCAUACCCUUGAGUGAAGAAAAAACGGAAAAGGUCAUAGUUGACAUGUGCAAAGAAGCUUUGUACCAUUUAGAGAGCUGUGCCGAUAUCUUGACUAUGAUGUACAAUAUGCCAAAGUGCCCGAUUUUCAACACAGGGAACAGGAUAAAAGGAGACAUGCCUUUAGCUGUUGUGGAUCCCAUAAUUCCGAGCAACUCUCUUGAUAUAACCAAAUACAUAUCAAACGAACAUUGCGCAGAAGAUUUAAUUUCCUAUAGAAAAUUAUCUACAAGUCUUUCUCCUGCACAUACUACUAACAACUGCCUAUUGAAGCUUGAUAGACCUAGUAACAUUUUGAAGGUGUGGUAUAUUUUAAUUGAAGGCUUAAUAUCGGCCACUGUCGUGUGCUCAAAGAAAAACCAACCAGCAGCUAUGGAAACCCUCUUCAAAUUAUUAAGAAAUACAAUAGAUGUCCCCGGGACGCAUUUUGGUCUUCAUUGUAUUAACCACUUGCUCCUACCUACAGUGCAGAAUUGGCUGCGGCAAAUCGCCAUUACCAAUACCAAUUGGGAUAGCGUAAUGCCAAAUUUUAAGCAGUGUUGCGGAAUGACUACAGACACUAUAGUCGUAUACUUGCAUCAUUUACAACAAAUAAACGUAGAACGUUCAACAGAUGGCAGUUCUGAUGAUGAAAUUGAGAUGGUCGAAAGCAGAGAGGCCACAUUUGCUCUGAAGCAGAUUUUACUAAUUUUGGUUGAAUGCAUUGCGCAACCUCAGGAACCAAUCGCCAGACUAGGAGCAUCGUGUAUACGGCACAUUAUUCUAACAUCAGGCCAUCUGCUUACUGAUAAUCAAUGGGAAAUCGUGUGCACAAGUCUUCACAGAGCUUGCAACGUUUGCUUGACGCCAUUGAAGCAACUUACACACGCAUUCAAGGAGAACUCAAACAGCUUUUAUGGAGAUUUGGCCAUGGUGAAAGUAGCUGCAAGACGUGACUGCUCUGUUAACGAUAAUGUAAGAUUACAUGCAAUGGCCCAACAAGUGUUCCUCAACGAGCAGCUAAGGGGAGAUGGUCAUGCAAAACUGACCCCUAAGAAUUCUUCCAACAACAUGAUGCUUAUCGACGACAGGAGCUACAUUUUCUUGAUCUACCUUCAAGAGUCCACGAACUCUCAAAACCCUGAGCUAUACACGGUUAGGAUUCCUCAUAGAGGCUUAGUUGUGGGUUUAUUGGCGCAUCAAAUUUUAGUCCAAAUUAUUGCCACGGUGCUGAUCCAGGCUUCUUCUGAUGUCUUUCACGGUAUAAACAGUAUCCUACUAGAAAGUUUUAAAGCAGGUUCAAACAUCUGCAAUUACAGGUUCUUCCUAAAUAAUGAUAACGUGGACUUGUUACUAAAAAGCUUAGAGCUAUCUUACACGAGGGCGAUGCAGUUUGACUCUCGACCCGGAUUAAAGUUCCUUGUACAGAAAGUAUCGAACCUCGACUACGCCGCCAAUCUAUACAAGCAGACAACAUCAUCCUGGCUCAUAAAAAUCAUAGCCUUGACGGAUGUAUUUUUUACCGGAGUUCAUUUAUUCAAAUUAAAGCCUACAGACGUGCCUAUAAUACUACAUAAUUACACGACGACAUUAAACCUCACUCUGGAAUAUGAUCGAUUCAUAAUUAAAAUAUUUGAUCUUAAAGCAACUUGGGAACUACUAUGCAAUAAUUAUGUGAAGCAUUUGAUAAAUGUCUUCGAUGAGCCUGAAGUAAAAGAUAGAGCAUCGUGUAGUUCAGUUGAUACAGAUUCAUCAAAUCACUUCGAUGACUAUUACGCACAAACCACUACCGAAUCAUCUGAGACGGCAAAACAAGAAGACUCAAACAUUACAUCAGAGAGUGACCGUCCUGAUCAAAGUAUGGAAAAACCAAAACCGUUUACAUUCGCAGAUUUUAAGGCAAAUAGCACUGUAACGAAAUCUGAAAACACUUAUAGCGAUGAGACCACUGAAGUUACUGGUAGUGAAACUGUUAAUGAAUCUGACACUGAUAUCGAUAGGAACUCUGAAAAAUCUGAUCUUGAUAAGGUAGUAACGAAGAAAGUAAGAAUAAUGGAAAGUGAAAGCAGUCCAGUGAAGGAAAAGAAAGUGAGCGUGUCUGAUGAAAGCCAUUUGGCAACGCGCAAGGUAAACAUUACGAUAUGUGAUGGACCAACGUACGAAAAGAAUAAAACUGUUGAGCCGAUCAUCCCGCCUCAGCCGGUGCCGCCAGAAAUUGAACAACAACGUGCUUUGAGCAUUAGCAAGGAUACGGAGGUGCAACGGCACUGUUUCCAGAACAUCCUAAUAGCAUAUCUGGAGUUGAUCCUCACGUUCCCCCUGGAGAGGUUCCAGCUCAUCAACCCCGUGCUGCAGGACGGCUUCGCUCAGCUCGCCAAGACAGUCACCGACCCUCAGCUACUCGACAGAAUCAAUAUAUUUUUCGACAAAAGAGACUUAACCGAAUUUAAUUAUAAGUGAUCAAUUUAAUGUGAUAAUAUAAAUUCACAUUUUAAACGUAUAUUCCUCGAUUAUUCUGUGUUAUGUGAGAAAUAAAGAAAUAUUAAAGAAUAA